UUGCAACAUUUUAAGUCAGUUUGCUUUGUAAGCUUGUACUGUCCAUUUUUCCUUACUGGCACCAUAUCUUUUGUAAACUAUGACCAGAUCUUUUCUUCUUACAAUAGUUGUGCAUGCACUUCUUUUCUUGGCUGUUUUUGCAUGUCUUAUCUUGGCACAAAUUUAAUUCUUCAUAUAGGUGCAUCUUGAUUUCAGUAACCUUUGUGACUGCUGGAUGAGCUUAUAGUGAAUUUUGGAUAUUUAGCUAUGAUAUUAACACCUACCACAUUUGCUUGUUAGCUUACUUUCUUUUCCUUUUCAGACAUUGUUGGCUAAUUGGCAAGGUACGGGCCCCUCACAGAUUCUGUAAUCGCCCUGCAGGCCAACAUUUUAGCAGGAGGGUCUACCAAUUUUUUAACUGAAACAACAACUCAUUGAAAUGCCAUUCUCUUGAAGUAUAAUGUGAUUUUGUUUAUCUUUUCUCAGUCAAAUCAUUCUGUGCAUUUCAGGUGAUUUUUUCAGUCAAAUCAUUCUCUGCAUUAGAAGGUUGCAGCCUAAGAGCCUCCUGAUUUCCGCAGUUGAGUGCCUUGAAUGUUUCUUCAGUAGCAGAUUGUUAUCUACGAAACACUGGCAGAUUUAAGUUACAGGUACUAUCGCGUUGGUGGAAGGGUCAAGGCGGUCUAGGGAACCUUUUAAAGAACUCACAAACAUAACAAUUCUAGGUACGCAAACCCCGGAUCAUGUAGAUCCUAAUGAACGUGAUAGAGAGGGUAAGAGGAGAAACAUGGAACAAGGUGCCAUUCAGCACAUUCCAAACCAUCGCCAAGAUGACAGUGUACACAUGGAGGCAGAUGAAAACGAUAGCUGGCUCCAUAGGGGAGAUUUGGGAGAAAAUAAAGACAUACUUCAUGUGGGGACAGGUGAAUCAGAAGGCUACUUUUGGUGAGAUGGAAGAUUUAUGCGAUCAGAGUUGUAUCAACCCUAUAUGUGAAGGAGAUAUAAACGCUGCAUUACGCAUUGAUGAUGCUACUCUUGGUGACAUGGGGGACGUUUGCGUUGAAAGUUAUAGCAGUACUGUGGGUGGAGCAGGUGGCACCCAAACGGACGCUCGCGACUUAUAUCCCUUCACUGCAUCUAAUGUAUUUGGAACGGAAAAAACUAGGCCUGCACCUAAUGACGCUACAGGCCACAGAAGGUUCCCUGCACUUCAGUAUAGACACUAUGUCCGGCACGUACCCAAUUGAUCAUUAUCUCUCACUACUGAAAGUUGGUGGCAUGAUGGUCCUUCUCAGCUUCCCUAGUGAAAUCAAAGUGCAAGCUGCAAAUCUGAAUCUUAGUAAUGUUUCUUUCACAUAUAUUGCUGGCCAAAUCUGGAAGGAAGAGGCAACAAAGGGAAUUGAGAUGCUUAACCUGAUGUUUUACAUGUGCACGGUGUCUAUCAGGUAGCGUAACUGGUGGUACAAAGGAUAUCGAGGAGAUGAUCAACUUCUGGGCAGCAACAAAAAUAUACCCGGAGGUUGAUAUGAUCAAACAACUAUAUCGAUGUGGCCCUUCAGAGGCUUAUCGACCAGGAUGACAGAUACCCCUUUGUAGUUGACAGAGAAUCUUUUCAAGUACUGAAGUUAUAGAUUUAGAUUUAGGGACACUGACAGGAUGCAUGGAGUAAUAAGUGAACUCUUAAAUGGAAUACUGAAGACUGGAAGACAUCUAGUACAUUGCCGCAGAGAAGGCAGGUCAUCCAUUCCAAGAUCAUCGCUGGUCCAUGCAUGCAAAUCAAGGAGUAUAGUAUAUAUUAAUUAGGAAGCUAAGCAGCCGCAGGAUUCCCGCCGGCGGGUAUCACGAGAUGAGAUUGAUAUCGUCUGCUAGCAUUCCGCGCUAGCUUCCUGCCUUCACCUAUAAAUUCUACUCCUGACCAGCAGCAUUAUCAAGCAAUCUGAUUACACCCUUCCACACGAAUCCCUUCACUCCAUCCGCCGGCGGCCAUGGAGAUGGAGUCCACCAUCAUCGUGCCCUCCUCGUCGUCGUCGUCAGUCGACUCCAACAUCGGCCCCAUCGCGCUGUCAUCCGACGACAGCGGCGGUGACACCAACAGCAACCGGCUGGCAGCGGCGCGCAAGCGCAAGAGGCUGGGCCCGACCUACAAGCUCUGGGGCUUCGGCGACGAGCGCACCAUCCUCAUGGAGCUCGCCGCCGGCCUCCGCGAGUCCGGCCGGCUGCCAUUGCCGUUCGAGCUCCUCCGCACCCUGGAAGCCAAAGGCGUUCUCAACCGGCGGAACGUCACCCGCGAAGAAAUCAGCAGCAAGCUCCACGGCCUCAAGACCAAGUUCCUCUCGGCCAUCAACAAGGGCGGCCCGGGCCACAAAUCCCGCGACCAGAAGCUCUACGAGCUGUCCAAGGAGGUCUGGCCGGAGUUGCUCCUGAAGGCGCCGGAGCUUAUUUGAUUUCCCUUCUCUAUUAAAGUUACCAAUUAUCAGUUGCCACAACUCUCUUCGGUUAAAUUAAAAAUGCCUAUUUCCUUCAUCAA